AUGGCGCUGGAGACUACCAUCAACGAUGGCCUUGUGCGACCAGCAGAGAGGUUUGCGAAGCGGCACUCUUCGCACGUGUGGAUCGUGGUCCAUCCCACGAAGGGCUCGCAGCUCGCGGGCAACGAGCCGUCGAUGUACGACUGUUCCGGCAGCGCGCACUGGUUCAACAAGUGUGACAACGGGAUCAUCGUGAGACGGCCCUUUGCGAAGAGUUGGGCGCAGCAGCAGCAGGAGAAGACUGGCAGCUCCUUCCAGGUCGACAUCAAGGUGGACAAGGUGCGAAACUACUAUGCCGGCCAGCUGGGGCCCAAACUGGACGAACAGCAAGAGAAGGGAGCCAAGGGAUCUUUUGAUUCUGGUAGCGGAGCGCUAGGCUCCCGCCAUUGCUACGAGCGGCGCCCUUUGCUGCACUCCGGCUGGAGGCUGGAGGUCCAGGCUUGGCCUGUGACGCCCUUGGGGGCUACGUGCACCACGAGCACUACGAAUACUUUGUACUUUCCCUUGACCCGGCGGCUGGCAGCCCUUUGGACGCUGCUGGCGCUUUUGUCACCGGAUAAGAGCCCACCUGUGCAGAGGGAGAGUGCGAGCAGCUUUGGCGCUGCAUCGGCGGCGCGACCCUUCCGAGCUCUACGACCCGAUUCUCCGGAAGGACGCGAUUACGAUCCAGGACCCGCUCGAUUACUUGAUCCUCCCGAAGUUCGAGGAAUCGACCUCUACGUGAGAGCCAUGGCAUCUCCGUCGCCUGCUCAGGGCGGAGGAGUUCCUUUGGAAGAGUGGAGAAAAGAUGUCCCACCUGGAUGGCAGCCUGGACUCGAGAACUACCCCUUGAAGCUCUACUUCAGCAAGCUGAAACUGUGGUACCGUUGCACCGAGGUACCGGACGAGGUGGUAGGACCUCUCAUUGCCGGCAGGCUGGUCGGCAGAGCGCAACGCAUCGCUUUGGAACUUCGUCUUAUCCGACCGGACGGGACAUAUGACACGGGCGAUGCAGCGCUGGUCCGGCUGUCGGUGGACCAGGUCUUGGACCCAGCAGACGGGGUCACGGUGCUACAGCACCACAUACCGUCAGGAGUGCAAGCGCUUUGCAAUGCGCUCAAGCAGGCCUUCGGUGAGACGGAUGAGACUGCCACGACGAAGGCCCUCGAGCUGUUCUUCGAGUUUCGUCGCCCAGCUUCUCAGGAUUUGCAAGAGUUUGCUGCCGAGUGGGAGCUCAGGUUCGAGGAUGCGAAAACCCGAGCGGGCCUCGACAUGAACGACGUCGCGAAGUCCUACAUGUGGCUGAAGCAAGCAAACAUUCCCCAACGGCAUCAAGAUGACCUUCGGCUACAGAUCCAUGGGGACCUCAGCAGGUUCAAUGACUUGCGGACGCUGGCGCUUCGGCUGGCACACCGGACCGACAAGAGCGACGCCUUCUACGAGGAGGCCCGUUAUGCGGAUGCUCCCUGGGAGACCGACACGGAGUGGAACGAGACCUUCUGGAGCGACGACUCCUGGCUCUACGUGGGUGAUGAGUACGAAAGCUACCUGACCGAGGACUGGUACGGCGAGGAAGACUACGACGACUACUACCCGCACGAGCCAGGAGGAAGCUGGUAUGAGGACGAGCAAAGCUCCUGGCAACCUGACCCAGAUGGCGAACCUGGCCACCAAGGAGGAGACGAGGUGUACGCCGACGAGUACCAAGACGGCGUCUUCAGUGCUGGCGGCGGCCGACCUUUCAAAGGCCGAGGCAAGAGCAACGGCGCAGGCCCCUUUGGCAGCGGCUGCUACGUGUGCGGAUCGCGAUGGCAUGUUGCCGCUGAUUGUCCUGUGAAAGGCAAAGGCGGCAAAGGCUUCGGCGGAGGAAAGCCAAAGGGAAAAGAAAAGGGCAAGCGCCCUAAAGGCAAGUACGGCAAGAAGGGCAAGGGCAAAGGUUUCGGCAAAGGAGGCUAUGGACGAAAAGGCUCCUGGUCUUCUCCUGAUGGCCCUCGCUCCUGGAUGCAACCGCGGUACUAUGCCGACUCAAAGUAUGCUGAUCAAAUGCGCCAUGCCCGCGAAGGUCUUCACCUCGGAGAUUCUCCCGAGAAGGCCGCUGGCAGCAAGACUGGAAACACCCAGUACUACAACCUCGCUGCCGAGAGCACCCCGGCGAAGGUCAACGAUGGCGGCGACUUCAUGAACAUGGAACGAGCCGCCACCAAGGCCUAUCGUGAUGAGGCCACCGGGAGCAACGAGGCUGGCGAGGCAUAUGAGUCUCCGGUAGAGAGACCAUCGAAAAGCUUGGAGUUUUUCUUCAAGAAGUGCGUCAACGGCGAGGAGAUCCACACGCCGAGGCACAAGACGCACUAUGGCCACGACGACCCCGAGAGUGCCGACAUUUACCACACGGUACAGGGACGGCGUCGUCGAGGGCUCAUUAUAGAUCCCGGGGCGGCCAACGGACUGAUCGGCAGCGAGACGCUCAGGGACUUGAUGGACAAUGUCGACAAGUCUGAUGAGGUCAAGAGAUCAGUGCAGUGGAGCGAGAAGAAGUCGGAGGUCACUGGAAUCAGUGGCGCAGCAGACACCACCUUGGGUGAAGUUCGCAUUGGACUCCCGAUGCUUCCUGGAAUGAAAUCCGCCUCCUAUGUUGCAGACGUUGUCGGGGGCGAGGCUAGCUGCUGUCCGGCUUUGGUCGGAAAUCCGGCACUCGUGAAGAUGAAUGCAGUGAUCGCUUCACACUGGUUUGAGAACAAGGAUGGCCUCCUCAUCGUUCCGAACCCUGACAGCACCGAGGAGGCCGACAAGUUCCACUUGAUGAGGUUGUUGUACACUGACAGCAGGCACUACAUGCUGCCGCUUGAUGGCACGACCACUGCCAAAGAAGAGCGGAACAAUGCGCACACUUUCCUUGCGCAUGUUGCUGCCCGCUCAACGAAGUUGUGGUCUGACGUUCGGAAAACGUGGUUCUUCAACAGGUCGGACAACAAGCCAGAGCCAAAGCGGAGUCAGCUUGCAGAGGUACAACAACAUGACGUGAUGCACUACCAGAACGACCAAAGUCCACAACCACAGCAGUCACCGUCGGAUCCCAUUCAGGAAUCAGAUCCGAAACCGCAGCAGUCACCUUCGGAUCCCAGUCAGGAAUCAGAUCCGAAACCGCAGCAGUCACCUGGUGGUCCUUUAGCAACAACUAUGUCGCCCAGUUCCAAGUCUGACAAGUCACCAAAGUCAGUGCGUUUUGACAUGUCACCGUCGAGGUCAUCUGUCCUGGAGGAAGCAAGCCAGCAACUGUCAUGUGCGUCUCAGGAGUCUGCGUUUCAGAUGCCCACGGUGUACCAUGGCGACAGCUAUCCCUGUGAAGUGACCGGAAGCCAAAAGGUCCGCCUCGACAAGUACUACGAGAUUGCCAAGGAGGAGUACUACAGCAAGUCUGGCAAGAAGCCGGUCACCCCAGAGAACUUCCACCGUUGGAAGAACACCAAGGCUGCGAGAUCUCCGGUCCACUUUUGGGAGCUCUUCUCCGGGUCCGCCAGGCUAUCCUAUGUGGCUCUGUUGGCAGGGCUAUCAGUCGCGUUUCCGGUGGACCUGAGAUAUGGAUGGAACCUCGGAGCUGCCUCUCACCAGGAGAUGAUCCUCGAGGCGCAGGAGAUGUUCGACCCAAAGGUCAUCGUGAUGUCGCCCUCUUUCGGCACAUGGAGCUCACGCUCCAAUAAGCUCUCCGACGAGGAAAGGGAGCACUGUGCAGCCGAAGAGGCGUCGGCGGCCCAGUUCGUCAAGGUCUUGGCUGCGCGACAGGCUGAACGAGGGCAUGCUUUUGUGGUCGAACAACCGUGGACUAGCCCCUCAUGGAAGCACACCUGCUUCUCCACUUUUGCAGUGGAUAUCCCUGGAUGCAAGCCGAGACAGCGCACUGAUCAGUGUUGUUUUGGGGCUGUGGAUGAGCACAACAUGCCCAUCCUCAAGGCUACGGGCUUCCAGGGCAACCUUUCGCUGCGCAACACCACUCGGCGUUGCCAGGGACACCGACUCGGACACGGACAAGCUCAAGCAGGUGGCCCUCGAGUGGUUUCUCAGUCCACGGCGGGUGUCUACACGCACCAGAUGUGCAAGGCCAUUGUGAAGGACAUCCAGAAGUACCUCAAGGGCAUUGGAUGCAAGCCCGAGGGUGUUUUUCACGCCGGCCGUGGAAGCUCAGCGAGCUCUUCGAAGGACCCUGUGGUCCGAGCGGCCGUGGUGACUCCACUUCCUCAGCUUCUCGAGGAGUUCAAGGAAGCGGCCAUGAAAAGACAUAACCUGGACGAUGUCCAGGUACAAUGGCCAGAGGGUGUCACCAUCUCGGCCGUGGACUCCCUCAUGUUCAAGCACCUCCUGCUGUGCCUGGUCGAGGACAGUGUGAACAUGAUCUCCGAGGUCAAGGGCAAGCACAACCAUUGGAGCCAAGAUCCAGUUCACCUAGGAGUGUUGCGGAAAGUCUUCGGCAAGGUGCUGGACGUCAAGGGUGUGUGCACUUCUCUACAUGCUGAACACUAUCCUCUUCCUAUGCCGUUCCUUCGGACUGAGUCAGCACCUUUCCGGGUGAUCAUUCGGGGCGAGGUCAAGAAAUGGACCGUGAAGAAAGCGGAGGACCUCAGAACGUACACCCAGGCUCAGCUGAAGGAGAAGAUGUUCUGUGAAGACUGGGUGAUCGCUGUCUUUGGUUCCACUGCCAAGGACAAGGACUACUGGGAGAUCGAUCGCAUGCGGGGCAAGGCCAUUCGCCAUCACAUACGUCCCCGACAAGCUCUUUUCACUCCCAGGGAGGACGAGGGCCCAGUCUCCAUCGAAGAGCUGACGUCAUCGAGAACGACGACGGCAACACCCUACGACAAGCCAGGGCCCAAGGUUGUGAUCCGCGAUGAAUGGACCGGGAGAGACAGCUCUAGGGCAGCCAUCGAGGAUGGGAAAUGGACUGGAACGACUGAGUUCGAGAUCCAUGCUCCCGAGGACGAUGAACGACCAGAACAGGACCCAGUGGUUCGUGAAGCGGAUGCUCGUGAAGAUGAUAUGGACAGGUCCAAAGAUGAGGAGGCCCAGGCGGAGGAUGUCGAGGAUGGCCAGGUCAUCGAUCCACCUCGCCGUUCGAAUUUCGACUUCCGUCGUGUGCUUGUACGGCUUCCUCGUCUGGCGCGAGAGGACGCACAACAAGCCAAGAGGCUCUUGCUUGGGCUUCACGAGCGGUUCUGGCACUCAGGGGCUGGUGAUCUCCAGUCCAUGCUCACCCGAGCUGGCAUGCCUGCGGAAGUGCUGAAGCUAGUGCCCGAGACCAUUGCCUCGUGUGCUGUGUGCCGGCGGUUCGCCAAACUAAAGAGCAGACCCAAAGUGCGAGCCAAUCACCCUUCGUCGUUCAAUGAAGAGGUCCAGGUGGAUUGGUUCCGAAUCUGGGACAGCUGGUUCAUGAUCGUCAUCGAUGUUGCCACUCGCUACAAGACGAUCAUUCAAGUUCCAGGACGUGACCUUCAAUCCGCUCUUCAUGCACUUCUCCAUGGAUGGUUUCGCUACUUUGGGCCCAUGAAGAAGUUGGUUUCCGAUCAGGAAUCAUGCCUCAUGUCCCACGAGGCAGCGGCAGAGCUGGAAAGGCUUACGAUUCAUCGCGAACCGGCUGGGACCACACGUGGCGGUGCUCAAGGGCAACACACAACCACCGGAAUAGUCGAGAAGCACACCGACCUUGGCAAGAUCUGCAUGAUGAAGUUGCGAGCAGAGGCCGAACGACAAGGCCUCGAAGUCAACCUAGCCGAUCUCGCCGCGGAGGCCAGCUUUGCCCAGAAUGCCACGCUCAACAUUGGCGGCUACUCGCCUCACAUGAUGGUCAUCGGCACUUUGCCUAUGCCAUUCUACGACUUUGAGGCUCCGGGCAUACAGGCCAUCACUGGAGCUGGCCAUGCGAAUCCUUCGGUCUACGAGCGAGCGCUGAGGCUGCGCCAAAUGGCCAUCACAGCCGCGGCACAAUCCAUUGCCGAGAACCGCAUUGCGCGAGCUGGACACACGCGGCCACAACGAGUACCACUUGAUGAACUACAAGCGGGCACCUCUGAGGUGGAGUUCCACAGAGAGGAUGCAGAUGGGUUCGGCUGGCGUGGCCCAGCUCUACUUCUGAAGCUGAACGAGAAUGGAUCCGCGAUUGUGGAGUAUCAAGGCAGGCCCUACCUGAUACCUCUGAGAAACCUCAGACUGUUCAGAGGUGUAUACUACAACAACGCGGACUCCCUCAAGUCAGACGAUGCAGUCAAGGGCCAAGAACUCGAAUCUUGGAUCGCACUCAGGCGCCUCAUGCAAAGCACCGAAGCGUGCGUGCCCUUCAAAGUCGAAACUUUCGGCCAUCUUCGUAACCACCGGGGAAAAUGGACGCGGCUGCCAAAGCUCAUGGGCGAGGAACAGGUCAAGGGCAUUCUUGCGGACAUCCAGACGGCGGCCCAGUUCCUCACGGCCAAGGAAUGCCAUGGCAUCCGUGUUGGUGUUGGUCUCAAGAAGAUGUUUACCCCGGAAGGAUCCACAGGCACCCUGGUGGCAUGGAGACGGAGAACGGUGCGCAUGUCCAUCAUCGACAACCCCAAUGGCGCUGACAUGAACACGACUGGUCUGCGCCUGGGUGGUCGCGAAGAAAUGUGUUACAUCUACUUCUACAGCUAUGCUGAGAAUUUCGUGGAGCCUCCGUUCGAGACAUGGACACCCAAAGGUGCACCUAUGGAGGAGUCGCCUGUGACUCCUAUUCCGUCUACUACACCGGCUGGGGCACCUUCCUCCGGAACCAAACGCGAUGGUCCGGACUCUCGGACCGUGACUCUUGGGCCAGAGAGCAAGAAGCAACGCGUCAACCACAUGACGCCUCUUUCGGAGUGCAUGCCUGAGGUCUUCUGGAACAUGCACAAACAUGAAUGGAUGGUUCAGCUGCCUGAGGACGACGAAAACCCCUCAGAGGAAGCCUCCACGCAUCACUACAGCACCACGACCACCGAUCAGCUGUUCUACAUGGACUCGCCAGGGUGGCAUGCCGAUCUCCAGACGGGCAGCAUCUUCCGAGUGGACUCUACUACUGACUCCAUCGAGGAAGAAGAUCUGCCAGGCAUAUGGCCACAGGUUGAUGAGGCCGACCACAAGGAGAUCGGGCAGUUUGUGGCCGAGAAGGCAUUCAAACCAUCUCGACGGCGCGACCUGCCGCAGAAUUGUGCCAUCAUUGACGGCAUAUGGGUUCGCAAGUGGAAGAAGACAGCUGAUCUCAAGCGCAUCGUCAAAUCGCGCAUGUGUGUUCGUGGAUGUCAUGAUCCAUGGAAAAAUGAGCUGAACAACCGCUCGGCUACAGCGACCCGUUUGUCUCAACGGCUCAUCUUAGUCGGGGCGGCCAACUGUGAAGGUGACGACGUCGAGUCCUGGGACAUUGCCGGCGCCUUCCUGAAGGGCCUCACCUACGAGGCCUUGUGGAAAUGCUUGCGGAAGCUUGGGCUUCACACUGUCGAAAGACUGAUUGCCAUCGUGCCACCAAAGAACGUCUGGCGACACCUACGGAAGCUGUCCAAGGAGUUCGACAUCCCUGAGGACCAGCUCGACGACUUUGUGCUUCUGUGUCUGAAGCCAGUCUAUGGUCUCAGCGAGGCUCCCCUCGCUUGGCAGCUAUUCCUGCACCAGUUUCUCCGUGACCUUGGUGGCAUACAGUCCCUCUUUGACGAGUGUUUCUGGUUUUGGCCCGCCAAGACACCAGGCGUUUGGCCUACUGCAUCCCUCACGACACACGUCGAUGAUUUGGCUGCAAGAGGGAAACGCCACUGGCUGGACUGGGCCUACGCAAAGCUUCUUGAGAAGUUCGGCAAGCUCACCCGGCAACGUCUCCCCUUCAUGCACUGCGGGUGCAAAUACAGCCGUAUUCCAGACGGUUUCAAGGUCGACCAAAGCGACUACGUGAAGAUGCUGAAGCCUGUGCUCGUGGCUGCAGAGGACAAGGAUGAACGUUCACUACUACCAGAGGAGACUACCGCUCUCCGUUCAGUGAUUGGCGGCCUGAUGUGGACUUCGCUCACCAGGCCGGAUGUUCUGGCCGAGCUCUCGACUCUCCAGUCGAUUAUGAACAAGGCGAAGGUUUCUCACCUUCGGAUGGCCAAUGCCCUGGUGGAGCGCGCGAAGCAGGACGUGGAUGCGGCCGUGUACUACCGAGCUCUUCCUUCUAAGUCCUAUCGCAUUGUUUGUGUCCACGAUGCCAGCGCUGCCUCCUCGACAAAGAACUACGCCCAAGAAGGCGUGCUGGUCUUCCUCAUGGCCGACACUGUGAACUUCGCUGAGGAGCACAUUAUCGCCUCGGACGAGUUCGCCAAAUACCGAUUGUCCGGACGUGCUCAACUGUUGCACAUGCAAAGCAACAAGGCCAAGCGAGUUUCGUACUCGACGAGCCACGGCGAGACCUUGGCAGCCAUCAACGGUUUAGAGUGCAGCACAUUGGUUUCGGCAAGGCUUGCGGAAAUCACUAUGGGGCCGAUCAAGCCGACGAUUCAGCAGCUCUUGGCUGUUCAAGAACGAGGAUGCCCAUAUUUCCCGACGGACAUCCACACAGACUGCCGCGACUUCUACGAGCUGACGACGGGCCAACGUACACUGCCUCAAGAUAAAAGCCAACGAUUGUACAUCCUGGCACAUCGUGAAGCACGUGCCAGCGGACGCAUCCGCUGGACUAUCCUUACUCCAACGGAAUGCAUGACAGCAGAUGCUCUCACGAAGGUCAUGCAAAGCCCGUGCUUGAUGAAGUGGUUGUCUACUGGUGUCGUGGAGUUCUGGAACACAGGUCAUCCUCUGGAACUCAAGCGCCUUCCUCCUCCAGGCGACGGCUCCACCGACUUUGACGAAGACGACUUGGUGGCUGGUGAUGAUGCUCUUCGAAAGAACCGCAAGUGGGCUGCAAACAUGUUUACUCUGGGCUGCUUCCUGUCACAACGCGGUUGGUAUGGUUUUGGUGCAUUGACGAUGCUUGCUGUCCCAUCCGCGGCGCAGCCUUCACCACCUCAUCCACUACCUGAACCUCAAGGCGACUAUGCGCUCCUCAUGCUCAUCAUCCUGAUCUACCUCUUCCACGACGGCUUCCUCUUCGGCGACUUCAACUGCGAGCUCCUCGACUACACCGCCAACGACUGGAACGCCUACGACCGUAACGGAACCGCCACCUAUGAUCUUCAUGGUGGCAAUGUUGGUUUUGGUGAGGAUUGCACGAACAGGGACGUCCCUUGUGAUGGUGACGACACUGUUUCGUUUGGUGGCGACGGCGAUGGAGCUGGUGAUGGUGAUCCAUGGCGUUUAUAUGCUCUGGUUUUGGGAAGAUCCGUGCUGGAGCUGUUCCGGAUGAUUACAUCAGCACGGUUCAGCCUGAAUGAAGCCUUUGGCUUGGUCCACGUGCUGUUGCACACAGAUGUGGCUCAAGUGCCUGCUAUUGUCCAGGCGUGCGGAUGA